AAGUGUCGCCACGCUACCUUAACCAUCGCCGCGGCCCGACCUCUGAAGCAGCUUGGAUCCUGCACACCCAAGCAAACCUAAACCUCUCUAGGCCGACCUGAGGGAGUAAAAUUACUGUAUGCCCAUUGAGUAUAUCCCACCUGCAAGUCCGCAGUUCGAGAACCAUGCCCGAAUCAGUCUACUCCACCAGCCGCCUCGAUCAUGACUACGAUCGCCGGCGCCCAGACAGCAACAUGACGGCCCGACCAGGGCCCCGCUCGUCGACGUCCCCGCGCGGGGACGACUACAUAUACGAGCGGGUCCACGGAGCCCGCCGGCACCCGGGCCGACCCCGCCAGUCUCGGCCCCGGCGCCGGUCCUCGUCCCGCUGCUCUUCCUGCAGCUCGUGUUCCUCAUGCUCCUCGAGUCACGACAACACGGGUAGAAGCAACAUCAACGACAGGUACAGGGACGCACUCAUAUCGCACCCGUCACUGACCAGCCGCGCAAAGCGGGGUUUCUCACCGUCGUCGGAUGACAGUGUGCCGGAGGAGUACACCGUGUACCCCGACGGGCGAAUCCAUGAGCAUCGGCGUGGCGGGGAGAAAGUGGACAAUCCGUAUCAUCGAAGGCAGGACGGGCAUCACCGGGGUUGGGAUGGGGCGCGAGAAGGAAGAAAUCGAGAGAGGGAUCGGCGAAGGCGGUCCAAGGAGGAGGCCAAAGGAUUGCUGAUUGCUGCUGUGGCGUUUGUCGCGAGUGUAAUCCUGUGUUGGGAUUAGGGAGAAGGCCAGCAACUAUAGAAAUGGGGCUCAUCGGUCAGUUUCCGGCUUGUAGAAACGCUGCACCUUCAUCAGAGAGUAGGUUUCCAUUGACCAGCCUCUGAUUCAUUUGAUCUGAUUUCUCCCCAGGCUCAUAGCUAAUACGUAAAGAUGUCGCUUUCCUUGCAGCUCACGUAACAUCUUUCCACCAGGGGCCUCGCCAGGCAGGCAAUAGACUUACCCGCUUAGCCACCAAUCUGUCAUCUGUCACUCAUGUGUAAGGCCAAGAAGGCGGCCGGAAAGCUCGGGGGA